GAAAAACAAUAUUUCAACAUGACAAGACCCUACAUUGGGUGCAUAUAGCACAUUCUCUUUUUACGCUCUUCCUUUUUUUUCAACAUCAUUUGUUCUUUGUUUUCGUUCAUUCAUUUGUAAUAUUGAUCAUGAUGGAUGACGAAUUUUCUUGGUGUGAUUAUGGACCAUUCUAUUUGAUUGGGGUGAAAAUUUUCAACUUUAAAUCAUAUCGUGGCGAACAUGUUAUUGGCCCAUUCACCGAUUUGACUGUAAUUAUCGGUCCAAAUGGUUCGGGUAAAUCGAAUCUAAUGGAUGCCAUUAGUUUUGUUUUAUUGGUCAGAAAUGAAAAGUUACGGCUUAGAAAUGCAGCCAGUUUGACCAAUGACUCAUACUAUCAAAGUGAUGAAAGUAGUGAUUAUUCAUAUGAUGAUUCAAAUCAAAAAGUUUAUGUUGAAUUACGUUUCAGAUCGAAACAAGAUUCCAAUUUAUCCGUAUUUUUUCGACGAUCAAUUGCCCGUAAUAAAUCAUAUCUUUACUACAUUAAUGAUCAAAAUGUUGCGAAAAAUGUUUACAUCGAUGGGUUAUUGAAACUUGGAUUCAAUUCGAACCAUAAAUCUUUUCUGAUUUUUCAGGAAAAAAUUGAUCGAUUUAUUCAAGAAGAUCCGAAAAAUUUUACUAAAAUUCUCGAAGAAUUAUCUGGAAGUCAAGUCUUCAAAACUGAAUAUGAAGAUUUAAAGACACAAUAUUCGAGAAAAGAAAAUGAACUCAAUCUGUUGGUUCAAGAGAAACAAAAAUUUUAUCAGUCAAAAAAAUUUGUCGAUUUUCUCAAUUCUGAAACACAAAAAAAUAAUUCACUCAUAAAAACAAUCAAUGUUUUGAAAAUUCAACAAGUUUUACUCGAUUUAUACUAUGUCCAUAUGGGAUUGGAAAAAAUGCAACAAGUUAUGCAGAAAAACAUUAAAGUUGCCGAAGAAACAUCUCGUCAACUUGAAAGUUUAGAGGAAGAAAAAAAUACCAUCACCCAUGACGUGAUCAAAAUCAAAGAGGAAAGAACCGAACUUGAAAAAAAAAUUCGUGAAAAUGAAUUGAGUGUUUUAUUCCAGUUGAAAUGUGAAUAUCAAAAAGCUAAAGAUGAAUGUGCCCGUAUUGAAACAUUGAUCAAGAAUGCACAGAAUAGCAAGAAUAAACUUUUAUUGGAACAGAAAAUGAAUGAAAAUUUGAUGCAAACAUAUCAGCAAGAAAUCGAAAAGCUAGAAAAUGGAAUUCGUGAAUAUCGAAUGCAGAUUGAAAAUCGAAAAAUCGAUCAAGAAAUAAUAGCCGAAUAUAAACGUUUGAAAAACAUAUUUAUGAUCGAAAUCACUCCAUACGAACAUGAUCAUGGCGAUACCGAUAACAAAGUUCGUAAUCUUAAACAGCAACAAACAUUAUUUCAAUUGAAAAAAGAUCAUCUGAAUUCAUUGUUGAACAGCGAAAAAUAUGAAGAAAAAUUGAAUGAAAUAGGAAAGGAAAUUCAUAAAUUCACCGAUAAACAACAUCAACUUAAAAAGGAAAAAACAAAAUUGCAGAAAAAUAUCGAGCAAAUCAAAACACAAAUCAAUAAAUUUGGACGUGAAAUUGAAGCAUAUGACAAAAACAUUGCUAAAAAAUAUACUUGUAUAAAAAAUAGAGAAGAAACUAGCAAAAAGAACCGAUUUCUCAAAUAUUUAAUGGAUAAUUAUCCAAAUGUUCGUGGACGUCUCGCUGAUUUGUGUAUACCUGCAAAUAAAAAAUAUCAAUUACCAUUAUCGAUAAUUAUGAAAAAAUAUUCAAAUGCAAUCGUUGUUGAUUCGUUUAAAACAGUCGAAAUGAUAUUUCGUAAUGAAAAAUCUCAAUUCAUUGAUUCGGAAACUUUUUUAGCAUUGGACAUCAUUAAAGCUCCAAUUUUGAACAAAAAUCUUCGUCACCUUGCCAUUCCUAAUGUUUCUUUAGUCUAUGAUUUGAUUGAUUUCAGAAAAAAUCCCACAAUUGAAAAAGCCAUUAGAUUUGUUGUGGGUAACACACUUUUGUGUGAAACACGUGAAGAUGCUGCCCGUGUAUCAUAUAAUCUUGGUGAUGGCCAAAAACACAAUGUCAUUUCUAUCGAUGGUACAAUGUUCAACUCUAAUGGUCGCAUUUCGUUUGUAAAAACUGGAACGGUAAAAACCAUAUGGAAAGAUGAAGAAUAUUCGGAAGAAUUGUUGGAAAGAAAGUCUCAACAAGCAGCUUAUUUGGAAAUUUUAAACAAAAAAGAUGUAAUUGUCCAAGAACUCAAUGAAAUUGAUGCACAACUAUUCGACUGCAAUGCUCAUCUAGAAAAACAAUCAAAGCUCAAAAAUGAAUAUCAAAAGAAACUCAAAGAUAUCCGUUUACAAAUAAAUGAGCUAAACGAAAGACUUUAUCAAAUUGAUUCUGCUCUUUGCGAGAUAUCUGAUUCAAUCGAUCGUUAUGAUCAUCAUUUUAAUCGUAUAGAAACAAAAGUAUUUGGGCAAUUUCUUUCAAGGAACAAUGUUCCUAAUGUUAAACAAUUUGAAGCUCUUUAUUUAAAUUCGUAUGAUGAUGAAUAUUUGGCUGAUUGCGAAAAUCGUUUGGAAAAUUUGAAAGGAAAAAUUAAAACUGAACAAGACAAAUCGAUUAAUAAAGAAAUGGAUGAAUGGAAAAAAAUUAUCCAUGAAAAUUUGCGUAAACUUGAUAAAGCUCAGAAAACUCUCAAUUCUGUUCGAAAAAGUUUGGAUAAAAAUGAAAAAUCUCAUGAUAACCUAAGAAAGAGAUCGACAGAAUUGAAUGAAAUCCUCACAGAAACCACCAUACAGUUACAACAGUUUAAUAAAGAAAUUAAUAAGGCACGAAAGAUGUUGGAAUCAACUAACAAAAGUAUAGUAAAAUCAAAAUUCGAUCUUCAAUCUCUAACAAACAAGAGACAUAAAAUUUUCGAAAGAUCAUUCAACGAAAGUAUCGCGAUUCCCAUACAACAAGAUUUAUAUAUUCUUGAAGAAAUAUUUGGUGAAUCACAUAACUUAACUAUCCACGACAUUUAUCAUCGUGAAUCUCAGAUCAAUGUGAAUUUCGAUAAGUAUCCUGAAAUUAAAGUGAAAACCGAUAAUGAAUAUGUAGAAAUGAAGCAUAAAAUUACUAAUGACAUUCUAUCAAAAGAGUCGGAAAUUCAAAAAUUGACUUUAGCAUCCGAAUCAUCUUUAUCAUCAAAGAAAUCUGAAUUACAUCGAAGGAUUCGGUCAAUCAACAAUGAAAUCAAUGAAAUCUCAAAUGAACUAAUUUUGUUGAAAGAACCCUUUGAAAAUGUCAAACAACAACGAAUAGCAACUUUUAAUGAUUUUUUGCAAAAAGUUUCUAAAAAUUUAGAUAAAUUUUAUAAAGAACUAAUGCAAAAUGAAUCCUCACAAUCGUAUCUGAUACCAGAAAAUCAUGAAGAACCUUACCUGAAUGGUGUUCUUUUCAAUUGUAUCGUUCCUGGAAAAUCUUUUCAACCAGUUACAUCUUUGAGCGGUGGUGAGAAAAUCAUGGCUAUUUUUGCUUUUUUGUUUUCAUUGUACUUUGAAAAAAUGCCAUCAUUUUUCAUUAUGGAUGAGAUUGAUGCCUCUUUGGAUAAUGCAAACACCAGAAAGCUAUUGACAUUUUUGAAAUCAAAAACAUCGUAUACACAAUUUAUUUUGAUUUCAUUGAAACCUGAAUUGUUUGAUAAAGCUGAUUCACUUAUUGGUGUGUGUAAAGAGAAAAUUAAUGUCCACUCAUCCACCAGCAAAACCUAUUCACUUGACAUUCGUCAGUAUGAUGAUUAACUUUUCAAUUUUCAUUUUGAUUUCAUUAUUAUUAUAUAAUACUAUUCAAUCUGGAUUACAAAAAAUUCAAUUUUCUAUUAUAACUUAAUGAACCUUUAGUGUUGACAGAGUUUUUUCUAAUAAAAUUCGAUUUUCGUUUUCA